AUGGGCGCGGUGCUGCGGCCGCCUGGGAGAGCGCCUCUGGACGGGGAGCGGCGGCCGAGGAGCUCCUGGGGCGGAGCCGGAGCCCCCGGAGUCGCCCGGCACCGAUCAUCGCCCCUUCAGGAGCUCGGAGGUCUCAGUGGCACCGCAGAGCCCGCACGUAUCCGGGCCGGGCGGGCGCAGAGCAGCGGCUUCACCCGACGAGGCCGCGCCUCCUCCCCGUGCUCAGCGCUGGUGCCGGAGCUCCGCACAGCGCGCGGGUCGCGAACGCCCUCUGCAGCACCGAGCGCGUUCCUUCUGCCAUCGCGUUUCUUGGGGAAGAACGGGGAAACGAGCCGAACCCGACGGAACGCGACGGAGGCGGAAGUGGCCCGGGCUCCCCUGCGCCGGGACGGGCACAGCCCGAGGGGGGAGGCGGCUCCUGGGCACCGACCCCGGCUCUGGGGACGGCGGAGGGCUCCGGGGCCGCGCGCCGCUCACCCCGGGGUCGGAUCCGGCCGAGCCCCGCGGCGGCGCGGGCGAACCCCCACGACCCUCCCCGAGCUCCCAGCGAGACGGAGACGCGGCGUUUUCCAAGCGUUCCUUAAUUUAAUUAAUACACAUCGGCAGCGCCUGCAUUUCCACGCGCACAGCGGCAGGGGGACACGCGGGAGGGCACGGGGCGGGGGUCGCUCGGCGCGGGUGUUCGCUGGGGGCUUCGCCGGGAGCGGGGAGCGGGGCCGCCGGGAGCUGGGGCCGGGCCGGGUGUCAGCUCCCCCCCGCAGCCGCGUCCGGACGCACCGUGAGACUCCGCGGGGCGGCGUGAGCAGCGUCGGCAGCGGG